AUGGCCGAGGAUCAAUUCGAGACGUUCUGGGCCGAGACGAAGGGCAGGGCCAUCUCCAAGGUUCUGAGCGACUUUUAUUCCCAGUACGAGGGGCAGUCCUGGAAGAACAUCCUAUCCGUGGAGGGCUCACACUUUGAGCGGUACGGCACGAUGGCCGCGACGAUGCAGUAUGCUGCAGUCCAGGGCCUGGGUUUCUUCCUCCAGGAGAUCUGCCUGGGCAGUCUGCAGGCGACGGCGAGGGCGUGCGAAGGCUCGAAGGGGUCCACGCGGUCGUCGCUGUCUGUGUCGAGCGUGAAGAGCCUUGAGAGCAGGGGCAGUGGGAGGCGAAUGUCGUGGGAGGGAACCGUCGGCGGCUACCAGGUCAAGGUCAGGACGAAGACCUUCAGGAUGCUGGGCGAUCCGACGGAAGAGGAGCUCAUCCCGAAGAAGAAAACCCGAUGA